UUGGGUCCGAUAAAAGUUCCUUUGACGAUGUGAUGCAUGUAACAUCAUUAGCUGUUUUCUGGAUUCUAGUUUCACUUAUCCCAUGCUCAGACUUCAAGCAAUCCAAGCAGUCUAGGAAUAAGAAAGGAUGGGCCAUAAGAAAAAAAGGAAGCAUCAGUUUUAAUGCUCCACUGCACAGAAACAUAAUCAAAAUUAAAGCCGUUAAAUCAGCGAGUGCAAAGAGGUUGCAUAUAAUUAAGUGUUGCGGUCGCAGGAAAUGCUCUCAAUUUAAUAAAAGCAAGAACAAGAAAAGAAAUAAUUCAACAAAUAUUGAAGGAUGGCGCAACGCAUUCAAUGCGCCAUCUUACAAAACUGUCCGAAUCGGGUCUAACAAAUAUAAGUUUCCCAAUGAAAUGGCUACAUAUGAAGAAGCCAAAAAAAUUUGUGAAAGAGAACACAUGGCGGUAACAUCAUUCGACAAUCCAGACGAAGUAUCGCAAAUAUCAGAUUAUUUGCAGUAUAUAGGAUUAUCGGAUGAUCCAGUUUUCGCAUCAAUUUCUUUGGCUGGUGGUGGAGCAAGCGCAUUUUCAAAUUGGGGAACUGGUAGCCCUCCUGGUGGACCAGGCAAAUGUCUUGUCCAACAAGAUGGGCAAUUUUACAAUGGCUCAUGUAACACAAAAAGCUAUUUUGCCUGCGAGGAUCCCCAAAAAGAAGACCCAUCAACUUUGGGAUUGGACUCUUUAAGCUCAAUCGCAGACGCGGUUUUGAAUUUUGUUGGAGGGAAAAAUUUAAUCGUUCCAAGUGAUCAAGCAACCGUUCCCGAGGCAAAAACCAUAUGCAAAGAUCAGGGCCUCGAACUAAUGUCCCUGAAUUCAAUCACGCAAUUGGACUCAGUGCAAGACUUUCUCGGGGACAUCGGCCUAUCAUCGUCAACGCUCUUGACGUCAAUGUCUAAAGUAACCGAUGGAGGCUCAGAUUGGUUAGGUGAAUUAGCCUCUGCAUUGAUUCCACCAAAAGAUCCAUCCACUGACGGCGAUUGUUUGGGACUCAACUCCCUUGGUCUCGUUGGAAUCACGUGCGAUAUGGUCUCGAACUUUGUUUGCCAGGUUCCUGAUCCACCAGGAGCAACAACGUCUUCUCCCAAAACGGUUGUGGGUAAAACCACGACAGGUAAAACCACAAUGGAUGCUACACCAACCGAAAACAGCAGUGACGAGCUUUCUUCAACUGGCUCCGACGCCGAAGUGACAGAACUAUCUACUGAAGGGGGAGCAACGUCUCAAACAGAACAGGAUACUUCAGAAUCUACGGCAAUUUUAACUUCUACUGUAUCAACUGGAACAAGCAUUACUCCACCUCGAGCAGCUCCUACUACUUUGUCGUAUAACAGCCAACAAAACACAACUGCUUCAAUAUUUGGAACAUCAAAUACGCAAACCCAACCGGGAAAUACUACACAAACCAGUGUGUCAACUUCUAGCACUUUGCAACCAACAACCUUACUAGCGACCAAUACAACAAGAAGUGAAAUACAGAAUUCAAUUUAUUCAACAACCACGUCAGCAGCAGCGACGAAUGCAACCACGACUUCAACAACAUCUUCCACGAACACUUCCACAACUUUAACAACUACAACACCUGCAUCAUUCACCACAACUUCAACCUCAACCACAACUUCAACUUCAACCUCAACCACAACUUCAACUUCAACCACAACUUCAACUUCAACCACAACAACAACUUCAACUACAUCCACAACAACAACAACCACGACUUCGUCAACUACUACAACAACAUCAACAACCACGACGAGCACCACUCUUCCACCUGUAUCUGUCUUUCAACUUUCAUCACAGGAGAGAACCACCAUUCUGCAAAAUGAAGCAGUAACCUAUGACGAAGCUGUGAAGAAAUGUUCUGAAAAGAAAAUGAAACUGUUAACCUUGGAUUGCUAUAAUGAAUUUUCUGAAAUAACUGCAAAAACUACCGCUUCAACAGAAUGGUACAACGUCCCAUACUUUAUUGACUUGAGAUUUGUCAAUGGGUACUACAUUCCUUCAACAAGCGUCAUUACAUCCACCACACCUAUAAAUAACACUGCGCAAAGUGGUGAAUGCUUUACAUUUAAACACAAUACAUUGUGGACAACGCCAUGUGACCAACAAGCAUACUUUAUUUGUGAAAAUAUCCCAACACACAGUUCAGUGCUUUACUCAUUUUCAAAACGAUAUUUCGUGCCUCUCUCGAUCGACCUUUGCAUUGAUGAGGCCGAUAUCUACUGCAAAUCAAUUGACAAAUCUGCGACUCACAUCACAUUAGAUAUUCCAUUCGAGAUAGAUGGUGAACCAUUUGAUCUUCUGGCAUCUUCAAAUCAAUUGAACUCUCGAAUUUGGGUUAAAUCAACUACAUCAAGCCAAGAAUGGAUUCAAUUGAACUCCAAGGGCCAGUUAAAUUGGCAAUCAGGUCACCCAAAUUCAUCAAUGGGAAGCUGUCAAAUGAUGAUGAAUGGAAAAUUGCAUUCCCUGUUUUGCAAUGCGCAACUACCAUUUGUUUGCGAAACCACGCUGAGUUUAACUGAGCAUUAUAUACUGAGAACAUUCACAGAAAGCUACUUCAUAUCAGGAUACCCAGUUAGCAAUUAUCUAGCUGAAGAUUGGUGCAAAAGCAAUGGACGUUCGUUUCUCAGCAUUAAAACUGCAGUACAAUUUCAAGGAUUGAUCUAUGAGCUGAAAAAAGACUCAUCAUCAAUCCCACAGCAUUCUGAUCUUGUACUGGGAAUUGGACUUCGAUUGGUAAACAACAUGGACUGGCAAUGGUCAGACCGAAGUGUUGCAUAUGAUCCCUCUCAAGUUGGAUGGAAGAUCACGGGUUUCGCGAAUGGCGUGGAUGUAACAAGUACUGGGGAUUGUGCCGGAAUUUACUUGGGGAACUACACCACAAUCACUUUUCCUUGCACCGAAAGAAAGAGGAUAUUAUGCAAUUAAAAUUGAUUUAGAUUGAAAAAAUAUUUGUAUAUUUCCACUGCUAAUUAUUCCUUAUUUGAUUUUAAUGAUGUAAUCAACAGCACAA